AUGAUUGAUCACGGCUCCCACCCACGGGAGGGCGACAUCGAAAUCAACGUCUGCAAGGAAAAGAAACUGACGAAUAUGCGUUCGUCAACGGCCGACGUGGCCAAACGCCUGAAGGCCACCAUAAACAUGAGCCUGGAAGAAGCCCUCGCUUUCAUCGCCGACGACGAACUGCUGGAGGUCACCCCGGAAAACCUGCGCCUUCGCAAGAUGGAGCUCUACGCCCUGGACCGCAAGCGUCAUCGCCGGGACGGGUCUAGGCCCCGGGAUUAG